AAACUGAGGGACGCAGAAAGAAGACUUCCAACUUCCGAUGGCAAUGACCAUUCAGCUACAAGCAGCAGCUCAAAAUCAAAGAUCCAAAGUGUUCCUAGAAUUCUCCGAAGUCACAGUAAUUUGGUGAAAUGCUUUGAGCCAAGGGUACUAGCAAUGGGUCUGAUCCAUCAUGGUGAGUGCAAGGAAGCAGAGGAACUCAAAUACACUUUGGCAGCAGACUUUAUCAAGGAUUGCGGCUGCACAUAUAACCAUUUGUACGAGACGAUUCUAAAAAACAUCCUUCAAAUUAAGGACUGCUACGAUAGUGAAACAACAAAGUGCUACGAUGAUGAUGAGGCACUCGCCUGGAUGUUGUUCAUAGAUGGAUGUUCAACCUUGCAAUUCAUACACAAAUAUGAUUGCUUGGAAGAGUUUGGGAUGAAUGCAAGCCAAGUGGUCUUUGCACGGCUGGACUUGUUCUUGCUAGAGAACCAACUCCCUUAUCGAGUCCUCAAGCUGUUGAUGAGGUCAAGCAGAAAAGAAGAUGAGCUGAACAGAAAUAUGAAGCGUUUUGCCCAAAUGCAGAUUGCUGCAGCAGAAAAGCCAGUGGAAAGGCAAACGUUAGCAGAAAAGCCAGUGGAAAGGCAAACGUUGCGAAGCACAAACUUUAAGUCAUUGAUGGAUUUCGUUGACCAAAAAGAGAAGGAAAUCAAGAAUAUGCUACGAAGGCGUCGUGGGAAGCCGAAAUACAGUACUCAUCUUCUUGAUUUUCUUCGGAAAGAAAUGCUAGGUCCAUCAGAAGAGCUUAGCUAUCGUGGUGGCAAAGAAGACUGUUCACCAUCGUUUCGCAAUGCCCAGGAGCUUAAGGCAGCUGGGGUCCAUUUUAGGCGUAGCAAAACUUUCUCCUUGAAGGACGUAUCUUUUACUUCUCAAGGGUUUGCAGGCUUUCUUAGUCUUCCUCCCAUAAACGAAGACGCAAUGUCUUUGUUCUUGAAUUUGAUAGCCUACGAAAUGUGUCCUGAUUUCCGAAAUGAUUUUGCGGUCACCUCUUACUUCAGCUUCCUCAGUUCACUCAUUGCUCAUCCCGAAGAUGCUAAGCAGCUAAGGUCAGCCCGCAUACUUUGCAACUUGCGUGGGAGCGACGAAGCCCUCGCUGACCUCUUUCACGAGAUAGGCCCUGAUUUGGUGCUUGCCCAUCCUAUGUACAAGUCUAUUAAUGCCAAAUUAGAGCAACACUACAAAACCAAGUGGAAGGCAUGGUUCGCUCAAUUCUUGGAAGAUCAUUUCAGUAGCCCCUGGGCCAUGCUUGCUUUCAUUGGAGCUCUAAUAGCACUCAUCUUAAGCGGCAUCCAAACUUGGUACGCAGUCCUCAGUUUUUAUCAGAAAUAGGAUUCUCUAUUUACAGUUUCAAUGCUAAUACUGUGUUUAUGGCUUAAACAAGGUCAUUCGUAGGUUUUGGAUUUGUGCUAGUAAAACAAUUGAA